UCUCGACCCGGAAGAGAAAUAUUGUGUUUGCAUGAGUAUGUGCGGUACAGUCACGUUGAUCACCCGCCGUCCAGCAAGAUGAGCUGGUAUGUGCUGGAUGAGGAGAAGUUCCAUCACUGCUGUCAGCUCCUCCUUCAGCAGUCAGAGCAGCUGAGAGAUGGAUGGAUCUGGGAGGUGGUUCAGGGUUCAAAGGAAGGCUACCUGAAGAAGACAGCUCUCAGGUUAGUCACCCUUGACUCAAAAGCAGCACAGAAACAGGAACGAUCGGGUUCAGACUCAGAGCCACACACUUCCUGUCACUCCAGUGUUAAACCACAUGGACAGGAAGGCGAACAGCCCGACUGCAUCAGAGAUGAAGUAGAUGAUGAGGAUGCUGGGAUCUGCACGGUGACUGAAAGCAGCAGCCAGGUGCUUCAGUUCGAGUAUCACAUCCUGUACUCCUGCAGCUACGGUUCUCCUGUGCUGUAUUUCAGAGCCUUCACUCUGGAAGGAAGAAGCCUUUCUCUAGAGGAGGUGUGGAGCUCAGUCCAUCCAAAUUUCAGGCUUCGUCUUCAGAACAGUCCUCUGAAUACAAUCACUCAACAGGAGCAUCCCCUGCUUGGUCAGCCUUUCUUUGUGCUCCACCCCUGCAAGACGGAGGAGUUUAUGAGACCUGUGCUGCAGGCGGCUCAGGACCAGCACAGGCCAGUGAACUACGUGUUGUCGUGGCUCAGUGUGGUCGGUCCUGUGGUGGGACUGGACGUGCCUCUAAAAUACUCCACUGUGGUCCAUCCUGCUGCCUCACUCAGCAGCACUGAGCCGGACUGAGGAUGAAGCUGCUCUGGGUAACUUAGCAUCAACAGCUCUGUGGUGUCUGUCUGCAUGCAGAUGAGACAAUCAAGCAUAGUGAACAACUGGUUUAACAACCCGGACUUUCAAGGCCUUGGAAAUUUGUCUGUGGGGUAAAUAGUGCUAUUUUUAUUGCACGUUUUUGUUGGUGUGCUAUAACACAGUAAAAAGUGAAACAGUACGGACAGCAUUGGAUCAUUUCACCAUUUUUAUUUGAUUUUGUCAACAUGUUUCCUACAAAGAAAAAAAUACAUUUAAUGCUGUUAUUAGCUGGAUGCCUUCUGUUGUUGCGGUGGGUCUUUUCUGCAGUUUGCAUGGACCUGAUUACAGUUGGCUGAAGAGCAGCUCCAGACCUCACCUGUCCUGACCUGGAGCUCCUGACCUGCUCUCCAGCUCUCGUCCUUCUCCCCACCCAUCCAUCAGGCUAACUGGUCCCCCACCCUGUUUUUUCCUCUAACCAGACUGUAGCAAUCACCUCAGCAGGUUGAAAUCUGCAGCCGACCUCACAGUCAGAGCUGCUGGGAUAAUAAUGUGAGCAGUUCGCCUUGGUGCCUCUCAUGUACCUUCUGUUGGCAGCUGAUCAACUUAGUUUGAAGUUACUCAUUGUCUGGUGUUUUCUCUGAUAAGUGUUGUUUUGUUUUUUUACUUGCACGUAUUUUUGUGUUACUUUUGUAAGUCACGUGGGUGUUGCUAUUGGAUAUUUAAUUUUAGCUAGGGAGUCUGGUUGGUUUCUUUUGUUAUUUUGUCUGAGCAAGUUUUGUUACUUUGUUAGCCUUCGUUUGGUUUUAAUUGAUUGUUUGAUUUGGAAACACCCACCUGCCCUGUUUUAUUUAUAUCACCACUUGUUUUUGUUAAUUUGUCAUGAAGCUAUAAAUCUCUUUACUAUACCAAGAACAUCUGGUUUUGUUAUCUACCUAGCUGAUCCUGGACAGCUGCGUUGUAACAAAUACUUUAAAUGUUUCUGCUGAUAAUGUGUACACAGUGCUUCUUCUUAGUGGAACCUCUUAUGCUAGGGUCCUGUUGGUUGAGGGGUGGGGAUCAGAUUAGCAUAAGUAAACCCAACUUGGAAAAAAGUCUACUCCCAGCACAGUGCCCACUAAGUAAAACCGCCGGUCUUGUUGGUAAAUUUAUCGAUAUAUUCUCACACAACUGUCUGCUUCAGAAUUGUUCUAAGGAUUUAAUCUAUUCCAGUAUACAAAUAUCCACCAUUGUGUCCCACAAAAAGUAGGUAAUGAGUGUAAGAUUGACCUAACCGCCUCUUGCUGUAAUCUUUGUUGUGGAUGUUUGUGCUGUCCAGUCUCAUUCUGCAUCACAUUCAGCCUCAGACAGGCACAGAAGGAUCUAUCUAACCUAGUAGGUUUGCAUUUGGAACCUCCACAGUGGUUAGAGAUUGUGGCAGUGCUCACAGGCACAUUCAGCUUUACUUAUACAUAGCGGCAAUUCACAAGGGCAGCAACAGGUAGUAUGAGAUAAAUGAGUACAUUUUUAGCUGUGAAUCAUGCAAAGCUACUCCAGCAGAUUAUCAGAGCAAAACUACAGAAUUGCACACGACUAUACCAUGUCUCCUAAAAAUUAAGUAACAUGAAGUGUACCCAUGGCUGUGUGGUGUUCCAGGUGGGCAGAUUGUAACUCUUUUAUAUAUGUUGUCUGUUAAGACUUUUUCACCAGGCUGACAUAAAAGACAGUAAGAAAUGUUAUGAUUGCAAAUGUGUACGUCCUGAAUUGCUUGUAUUUACACAUGUAAUCUAAAAACAUCUGUCAAGAAAUUAUUUUUUACAACCAUUGAAACUACACGACCUGAA